CUGAGUCUCCACCAUGACCAGCGUUCCCUGAGUCUCAGUCAAUUGACCACUCUCCGCGUGAAAAACCCCCCUCCAUUGAGAAUGGUCGUAUGAAAAAGGCGUCCGGCCAACUUUAGCAUUUUUAAAACAGUUGCGGAUGGUGCGUUCCGGGGCCUGGAGCUCCGUAAAUGGGACGGUAGAAUCUCACGUUAAGAACACGAUCCCCUCUGCCGGAAUCUCUACAGAUAUGACCCCUGAUUUAGCGAGUGGCUAUUUUGGCCCUCAAAGGUUGGGAUUCAAGGGAAUGCGAAACCUAGUUGCCAGAACAGAGGCUUUCUUUAUAUGUAGAUAGUGUGAUUAGGGAUCAAUCAUCUACUAGCAUCCCCAUCAGCACCAUAAAUUUCAAUUCAUAGAAG